AUGGCAGACAUCAUCAACCCAGUCCCAAAGCCAAGGCCUUCCAGAUAUACCACCACAUUCUUCGACUUCCUAAGCCUCCCCGCCGAACUGCAACUUCAGAUCAUCGAAUUGAUGGUCAAGGAGCCAAAGCCCAUCAACAUUGAUCGGGACCUGACCUACCGCAGCGCCACCCAGCCAGCAAUUACGAGAGUCUGCGGGAGCAUCAGAGCUGAUGCGCUGCCUCUUCAUUACCGGCUUAAUACAUUCGAGGGAAACUACUGCAGCUGGUCGUGGCUGUGCGAGCGUACGAUGAAAUGCUUGAGCGGUAUUGGCGCGGUCAAUCAUGGUUAUUUGAAGGGAAUGGUGCUAUGUCACACUUUCCCGUAUACGAAAAGGAAGGACUGCUUGAAGGCAGUGGAGUGGGCGUUGAGAAAGAUGGAGGCGGAGGUGGUGGAGGGGAAGCAUGAGAGAGUGAUAGUCACGUUUCCGAAGAAGUAA